AUAUGGCCCAAGAACAGAAAGGAUUAAAUUGAAAAGAAAACUUGAAGCAGCAGAAUGAAAAAAAUAUGGCAGCAUCAGUAACAGUAACAGCAGCUCCAUGGAAGCAGCUUCUAAUAAACGCAUUGGCGUCAAAUUCACACCUCAAGCACUCUUCCUACUUCCAAUUGGCUACAAUUGGAUCUGACGGUAGACCUUCGAAUCGCACCGUCGUUUUCAGAGGAUUUGUAGAGAACAGCGAUAAAAUCCAGAUCAACACUGAUUCAAGAACUCGCAAGAUUGAAGAACUUAAGCAAUGUUCGUUUUCUGAGAUAUGUUGGUAUUUUACCGACUCAUGGGAGCAGUUUCGAAUCAAUGGAAGAGUUGAUGUUAUUGAUGGAUCACAUUUUGAUCCAGUGAAGCUUCAGCUUAGAGAGAAAUCUUGGUUUGCCAGUUCUGUAAGAUCAAGACUUCAGUACCUGGGUCCUAAUCCAGGUCUUCCUUGCUUAAGUGAGCAAACUUCCGAUGAACUUUUUCUGGAUCCUUCUGCAGGUCCAGUUGCUGCUUUUUGCCUCCUAGUCUUAGAUCCGCAGCAGGUUGAUUACUUGAAUUUGAAGAGUAGUCAGAGAACAAUGUAUACCUUUGGGCAAAAUGUCAAUGGAGAAAAUUGUUGGAAUUCAGAGAGGAUCAAUCCAUAAACUCUGCAUGCAGAUACGAGUUGUUGUUUCGAAACUAUCAAUUGUUAUAUACAGAUACGAGUUGUUGUUUUGAAACUAUUAAUUGUUAUAUGCAGUUGAUUAUAAAUUAAUUCUCAUUGGUCCCUCUGAAUAAGUUGUAAAUUCAUAGUUUCUAACUUUCUAAAA